CUACAGUUCUACAGUCUGACUUUUUUGAUGAAAAACUGACCUUAGCAGUGUGACGCUAACGUUACCUUUAGCUAGCUAUCUGAGCAGCACAACUAGCUAGAGAUAACAACAUGGCACAAGUUCCUCCUUCCUCCGGAUCAAUCGUAGUAGCUGACUGGCAUCGAUGUAAAGACAGCAAAGAAUAUUUCAGCAAAAUUCUACACAAGAAGAGACGCAAAAACUUCGGCCUGUUGGAGUCUCCGGUGAUGCCCCCACACAUAGCUGUGGACACAGUUCACUAUAAGAUCUUCAUCUCUGGCAAGAGUGGAGUCGGGAAAACUGCUCUUGCUGCACGUCUUGCAGGCCUGAAUAUUCCCAACAUGCACUAUGAAACCACAGGUAUUGAGACGACAAUGGUGUAUUGGCCAGUGAAGCUGAGAGAAAAUGGCAGAGUGCUUUUCUUCCGUCUGCAGCUCUGGGACUGUGGAGAGAAUGUCUUGCGUAGAUUUGACCAUUUGUUGCCAGCCUGUAAGGAGCAGGUGGACGCCGUCCUUUUCCUGUUCUCCUUCACUGACAGGACAUCCUUCGAUGAUCUGUCAAAUCAAAUUGCUAAAUGGACUGGGACACCUGUGGGUCGUGUCGUGAAAUUUGUGGUUGGCACCAAAUUUGACCUUUUCAUGCACUGUGAUGUGGCAGAGAGAGACGUGAGGGACUUCCAGGAGACAUGGAGCUUACCGGUGCUGCGUGUAGGCGGGGAGGUCAGUGACGGGCUGGGUGAUGUAGCCCCCCUCCUCAACUGCCUGGCGGAGAGCCUGUGGCAUCAGGACUGUGUUACAGCCAGAUCAGCCAGCCACCAUUAACAGCAGGAGACAGACUACUUUAAUACCGAAAAUGAUUUUAAAGAGGCAGUUGAGGUGAACUGGAGGUUCACCCCUGGGUGUCUGCCUUCAAGGGAUUGCACUUAGCAGCUGAUCUGGGAGUGCUUCAGAUUUCUCAGGAUGAGAUGGAGGCUGCUGUUGAGAUAAAUGGACCAUUCCCUCCGACACUAUGACUGCUGUCAAGAUGGAUUUUUGAUUCUGAAAUGUCUUAAAUUCUCCCAUCCUAUGUCAGCAGGUUGUUGAAUCAAUCACGAUUAUGGGUACGUCCCAUAGCACUUAAUUGCCUCCUUGAAGCCUCCACUUGCUUCCCUUCCUCGCGUAGAGAGGCAAGGCGACGAGCAAAUGUGUUUUAGAGAGAUGAGACGUCCUUUCCUCGGAAGCGUCACAUGAAUUAGUCAGCUGUUUGGGCGUUGUUAGGAACUUCUUCAGCUGCACAGCUUCCGGGAAGGCUGCUCUCGGGUAUCCUCGCCUCGAUGAUCCCUCCUCGAUGCUCGCUCCUCACUCCUCGGGGCAGAAAUAAGAGCUUUGAGACUGCCUUCACCGAGGAGGGACAGAACAACUUCCAGUUCAGCAGAGGACUGAGGAGUCGAGGAGCUAACAAAUAAGGGUUAUGAGAUUCAGCCAUUGUCUGGGACUUCGGUUAUGUUAACGUGCAGAAGCUUGUAUUUUGUGUUCUCCAUGCCAUUGAGUGCCAGUUAAUUAAGUGCAUAAUUAAGUUCUCACUUAUUAGCACCAAAACACUUUGUUUGAGACACCUUUUUCUACUGUUUUUUUCCCCACAGAUUCCUGUUAACAUCUUCUAAAAGCACCAAAAAUGUCAAAACAUUAAAACAGUGUUAAAUAUUUUUAUGUCAGAAGAUCAGGGGCCGUUUGUCAAGUUCUUGUUACCAGCUUCAAUUUUUUGUUGCAUUAGGCUGAGCUGACAAAGUCAGACUUUUUUUUUUUUUUUUAUUAAAAAAAAAAAAAUAAAAAAAAUAAAAAGGGCACAUUGCUUAAAAGAGGCCAGCAUUUUAAUACAAGUGAAAAAAAAUCUAUUCCAAUAAUUAAAAAGUCACCUUCA